GGCAACGGGUGACCUCCGCACGGCGGCCAUGCCAUCCCCCGGGUGGCCCGCGCAAGGCGCACAAAUGAUGCCUGGGCAGAUGAUGCCUGGGCAGAUGAUGGCCGGGCAGAUGAUGCCCGGGCAAAUGAUGCCCGGGCAAGUCAUGAUGCCGGGGCAAAUGAUGAUGCCCGGGCAGAUGCUUCCCGGCCAGAUGAUGCCUGCCGCGCAGAUGCUGCCCGGGCAGAUGAUGCCAGCGGCGCAGAUGAUGCCGGGCCAGAUGAUGCCUGGAGCACAGAUGGCUCCUAUGGGGCACAUGAUGGCACCCGGCGGUGUGCAGACGUCGCCACCUGGGGCGGGAAUGGCCAAUGCCUCGCAGCUGCCCUCUGACCUGAACAAGCUCUCGGACAAG